ACCGGAACUUGCCGACAAACGGGUUGCACUGUGCUUUCGCAGGGUUUCCUGCUAGACAUUGCUUGCGCACCACUGCUUGAGAGCCAUGAGCCGCAUCGUUGCUACCUUUGGAUUGCUGCUUCUCAACCUGGUGAUGAUCGUCCACUGCCAGACGUUCCAAUACAGCCGAGGCUGGACCAAUGGCAAGCGAAGGGACGGACCCAUCGUGGCCGUUCCAAGCCGAAUCACGGCUGACCAUCGCUUGUUGGAAGAAUUCCUUUCCAAAUUUGCCCCGAAGGAUCGAGUGAUCGUGGAACGACUCGGCCACCUGCUCAGAACCCUGGACCGCAACGAGGAUGAACAAGAAUACUGAGAAGAAGCAGCAUGCAGCACAGGUUCCUAGAGGAGAGAAAUGAAACGGAUGGAAUUACAACUUUGUACUUUGACUAUUCGCUGCUUGCAUUUGCCAUGCCUGUCAUAUCAUUCCCGCGGAAUUAAAAACGACAUAUUCAUGACUGA